ACGAGAAAGGCCAAUUGAUAAAAAAUGCUUUUAAAUUAGAAAUUAAGGUGAAAUAUUUGUUAAUAACUAGUGCUAAAGAGAAGUGACAAAUUAAACAACCAAUAUGGAUCGCACCUUCUACGAAGGAUGGCUUAUAAAGUCGCCGCCAUCGAAGCGCAUUUGGCGUGCUCGCUGGCGUCGUCGGUGGUUCACGCUCAAGCAGGGCGAGAUACCCGAGCAGUUCUGCCUUGAAUACUACACCGAUCACAAUUGCCGCAAGCUGAAGGGUGUCAUCGAUUUGGAUCAAUGCGAGCAGGUGGAUUGCGGUCUGCGACUGGAGAAUCGCAAACAAAAGUUUCAGUUUAUGUUCGAUAUUAAGACUCCGAAGCGCACUUACUAUCUGGCCGCCGAAACGGAAGCGGACAUGCGGGAUUGGGUGAAUUGCAUAUGCCAGGUGUGCCAUUUGCAUGACACCAAGCAGUCAAAUGAAUUGCCACUCAGCGCACUGGGGACAGAUGAGAACCGCACGCAGCACACAAGCUCCAGUGUUGCAUUAAGUAAUUCAACCAACAAUACAACCACCACAUCGUUGCACUCGUCGACAGGCGGUGGCGCGGCUGGUACAACUUCGUUGAUACGACGACCGGCGGUCAUUGAUCAGCAACCGUCGGCACAAACGGCUACAGCGGAUUCUGUGUAUGUGAAUACGGAUUACAAUAAUCGCGCGACUUUGCUGUGCGAUGCGAAUUUGGAUCAGCAGCAUUUACUGUCGGCGGCACAACAGCAACCACCGCCCUCUCCCGCCACAGCGCUCUAUUUGAAUCACAGUGCUCUGAUUCAAGCGCAAGCUAAGGCACAAGCACAGGUUGAGGAGCAGCAACACCAGCAACAGCAGCAGCAGCAGCAGCAGCAGGCGGCCCGUUUGGCCGUCAAUUCAAAUGGUGUGGUGCGGAAGCUGCCUGAGAAUCUGGUGCUGACACAACAAACGCUGGCCGAGGCAGCGGCUCAGCAGCAUAGCAGCGUACAGGCUUCGCCGGCACUGAGCACCGCCUCCGGGCCCUAUAUACCCAUUAGCGAAUGUUUCUCCGGCAGUCCCAAGUUCUUAGCCAACAAUCCAACGACGCCGCUAAACAAUUUGGAUCCAAAGUUCUAUGAAACGCCGCGUAGUCAUAACAAUAUCGGUCUAAACUUGACCAAUGAUCAAUCCUAUUCACCCAAGAUAACAAAUUUAAGUUUGCAUCAGUUGGCGAACAGUAAUGCCAGCAAGCAGCAGCGAAGUCAACGUUCCGACUCGGACUCGGAGAGUGUUUUUACCGAUGACGAUGAGUGGGCGCAUCCAUUGCCAUUACGCGAGAAUGUUGAUCGCAGCACCAGACCUUCUGAUAGCUCUAUAGAAAAUGAGUCAUUUGUGUUGACCUAUUCGCAGCGUUUCUCAAAAAUGCCCGAUGAAGCCGGUGCUACGCCCAUGACAGAGAAACAGCAGAAAUUAGGAACGGCUGCUUUGGCAGCGGCUGAGGUUGGCAGCGAUCGCACCCUCGAAAAGUUGGCUAAAGUGCUAAAGAACAAAAAUAAUCUCAUAUUGGACUUCAAGGAUAACGAAAAACAUCUUCGCGAUCUGCCCCAACUGUCGGAUACGGAGAACACGUCGCCGGCUAUAGCGGCGCAUCGUCAUGCCGCAUCGUUAAUCGAAGAGAGCUAUGACAUUCCACGCUCCCAUCAGCUGCCGUAUCACAAUCUCAGCCAGCUGCUGAGCGAGCGACCGGCGACGAGCCCGCACAAUAGCAAUCCCAUAGCCGCCUCUACGCCCAACCUAAUGGCGGAAGAAAGUGGCGGUGUCGGCAUUGCGAGAGCUGCCUCAACGGCAGUCUCAUCGCCGAGCAGUGUGCGUACCCUGCCCCGACCACAUUGCUAUACGAACGCCGCACCCACUAUGAUGGAGGGCAAUGUCUUUCGCUAUGACUUUAUAGAGCAAACUGAUUGUCCGCCUGUUAAUCGCAAGCUGAAGCCCAAAGCACCCAUCGGCCUACCGGAGACCCAAAGAGUAACAAUGGAGGAUAAGCCGCCCGAAGAAUUUCCCGCCAAGCCGCCCGUCAGCGCCGUUGACUAUAUGACGAGUAAAUUUGGAGCGGCGCAACUGCAACAGCGCUUAGGUGGUGCUGGUGGUGCUGGGCCUGUACAACCACCCAGCGUUGAUCGCAAAUGCAAACCAAAUGCUUACAAACGCGGCUCUUCGGCCACCAUGUCACCAGCCACGCGUCGCUCCACUGGUGCCUCAAUAUUCAUGGCCCUGCCGCACGAGACGGAUGUGCAAUCGUUAGGAGCUGCUUCCCACUCUCAUGAGACGCGCACAUUGCCGCGCCAGCAGCAUCGUCCGCAUCCCAACAGUCCGGGCAGCGUGUCCGUGCAGCAUCAGCGCACGGCCUCGGCAGCAGCGGCCAUGACGACGUCAAGCACCCAAAAGCAACAACAACAGCAGGCGGCAGCGGCCCAAACCGAGCACAAGUUGCAAUAUUUUGAUUUGGAUGUGACGAACAAGCCGCCGUUACUGAAUCGCCAGAGCAUGAGUGUGGGAAAUCUGUAUACGGGUGGUCCGGGUGGUGUUGGUGCCGGUGGUGUGCGUCUGGGUGCCGUUGAUGCGACUGCCACGCGAACGCCAGUCCAAAGCAGCGUCGUCUACAAUGUGGUGGACUUUGUUAAAACAGAGGCGUUUAAGCGCAUACGCGAGGAGCGCCACAAGGAGAGCAGCGAGAGCAGCUCCACAGCCAGCAAUAACAACAACAAAUGAAAGGAUCAUAAGUCGCGUGUAUAACUUAAUCACAAUUUCCAAUUCGAUUUGUCAAUUAAACGUUUAGAAAUUGGGUUUCAUUUGAACUCAAAUUUAUGUGCAAUGCCUUGCAGCGCAUUUAUUUGUUGUUGUUUUGGGGGGAGAGAGGGUCAUUUCUCGCCCCCCAAUUUAGUGCCUAAAUUAACGAAUUGAUUAAAUGCUGUUUAGUAUAAUUGCUUUGAAUUAAACAGUGCAAACAACAAGUGCUUGGACAUUCGUAUUCAUUUUGAAUUUAUAUACAUAUUUACACAUAUCUGCAAGCAAAACGUUUAUAAUUAUAACAAAAAAUGUAAUUUGUAGUAUUAAGUUAGUUAUUGUACUAUUUUUGUUUAUUGUGCCCAUAAAUAUACGAUUUCUGCAAUUUUGUGGCUUUAUGUAAUCAAAAAUUCUUUUGCUCUCACUGUUGAAUUGUGCUUCCCCAAGUCUCGAAUGAAUUCUAUAGUAAUUUUUUUAGACUUAAGCUCGAAUGUAAACGCAAAACAUAUACACACACACACACACAUACAUAAAUAUUUUGAGUGCUAUUUUUACAAUGCAAUUUUUUAAAUCGACAUUUACAAAUUAUAUUUAUACACACACGAGUUUUAAACGAUAACUGCAAUAAUUAUACAACCAUAUUGUAACAAAUAAACGACAGA